AUCUAGUAACCAUUUGCCCAAUGGAUACCAACCUAAUAACCGCGCAUAUUCCGAAUUAACGAAUUUUCUUUGAAUUUGUGUUUGUUGACGAAAACGCCGUUUUCAGCGUUUAUUUUAUAAUUUCCUGUCAAAUUUUCACCGAAAAUUUGGUACUUGAACGGUAACGAGCCAUAAAUUCGUCCAAAUCUUGUGAUUCACACAUAUACAAACCACUGAUUUAUUUAUCAACGCCACGUGUUGAGGAAAAUGUCGAAUCCAACAUUCAAGCCGUCCGAGGGAAAACGCGAGGAGUUCCGUAAAUACCUGGAGAAAAAUGGAGUCAUGGAUGCUUUAACCAAGGUUCUCGUGAAUCUUUAUGAGGAACCUGAGAAGCCUGAAGAUGCUUUAGAGUACAUUCGAGACCGCUUAGCCAUGCAAGCUGGGAUUGAAACGUUCACUCAAAUGAAAACAAAAAUUGAAGAAUAUCAGGCUCGAGUUGAUGCUCUCACUCAAGAGCUAGAAGAAUUGAGAAUCAGUAUGGAACCACCACCGCCAGCCGACGAGGAAGGUGCCCCGGUAGAAGAAGGUUUUGAACCUACAGGGGGCGAUGAGAACCCGCCAGAAGAGGCAGUAGGGGGCAGUGAAGAGGCCCCAGCUGAACAACCGCCAGAAAAUGCUGAUUAGUAAUGCUUCUCUUUGCCAUAUUAUAUAUUGUUUUUUUUUAUUUUUAGAAUUUUAUUUUUGUUCCUUUAUGAAUUAAUGUUUAGUUUGUUUUAGACUUGUGAAAUUAAUUUUUGUUUAAAAUAACAUUAUCUUGGGACUUUAAUUUGAGAUUGAUCUCUAAUUAUAACAAUGUAUGUACUUAACUCUCUUAACCUGGAAAUUAAAUUCAGGUGUUGCCUUAACCGCGAUAUAAUAUAUUCCAUUUUUGAGAAGCACAUGUAUGAAUUUUAUGUGGAUUGUUUCUUGCAGUAUUAUUUUUUGAUUUAUAAAAUUUGAACAAUUUUGUGUCAUUAUGCACUUGAAAAAUCUAAAGUUUUAACAGUCACUGUGUUUAUUACCAAUUAAAGUUAUUUCAUUAUUA